UGUUAAAAACAUUAGUGUCUAGAAGAGUAAUGCGUUAAAUAGUCAAACAUAUCAACAAGAAGUAAAGAGACAUAUCAUCCAUGUCAAAAGGAUCAUCGACAUCAUUUCUCGCUUUGCGAACACGUAGAUGUUCAUUCUUUCUGCUCUGUCCACAAUGUUUACAACUGUCUAGUGUACAUCCUGACUGCAUGGCUGCUAACCAGCUGAAGUAAAAUCACACACACAGGAGCAGAAUCUGUUCUUUCAGUCUGACUGGCAGAUAAACUGACAGUCAGGUACAACAAAGAAAAGGUACAAUUUCUUAAUUUUGUGAUCAGAAGAAUCCAGCAACAUGCACAGGAGAGGAGUCGGAGCUGGUGCUAUCGCCAAAAAGAAACUUGCAGAGGCCAAGUACAAAGAGAGAGGUACAGUCAUGGCUGAGGAUCAGCUUGCACAGAUGUCUAAACAGUUAGAAACAUUUAAAACACAUUUGGAAGAGUUUGCCAGCAAACACAAGCAGGAGAUCCGGAAGAAUUCACAGUUUAGAGUGCAGUUCCAAGAAAUGUGUGCUACAAUAGGAGUGGAUCCUUUAGCGUCUGGUAAAGGAUUUUGGUCGGAGAUGCUCGGUGUUGGAGAUUUUUAUUAUGAGCUUGGUGUACAGAUUAUUGAAGUCUGUCUGGCUCUAAAGCACAGAAAUGGCGGACUCAUUACACUGGAUGAACUUCACCAGCGUGUAUUGAAGGGAAGAGGAAAGUUUGCUCAGGAUGUAAGCCAAGAUGACUUGAUACGAGCCAUUAAAAAGCUCAAGGUGAUGGGAAAUGGCUUUGGGAUGAUUCCUGUUGGUGGCUCUUACUUAGUGCAGUCAGUCCCGGCUGAACUCAACAUGGAUCAUACUGUAGUUCUUCAGCUGGCUGAGAAAAAAGGCUACGUAACAGUAAGUGAGAUCCGGGAAAGUCUUAAGUGGGAGAAAGAACGUGCCUGCCAUGUAGUUGACCACCUGCUGAAAGAGGGUUUAGCAUGGCUGGAUUCUCAAGCUGGAGAAGAGCCACAGUACUGGCUCCCAGCACUGUUCUCUGAAAUUUCUUCCCGUGACGUUACACCUGAAGAAGCAAAUCAAAUGACGCCAUAACAUAAUUGUAAAAAAAUAAAUAGUUGUUAUAAACUGUGCCAAGGAUUCCCAACAUGUUUAACAUGGCAGACUAAUCCAAAGCCUGCGACGCUGUGUGGGCAGAAUCGACAUCACAGGCUUUUUUGCUGGGUAUUUUUUAAAUAAAAGUUAAUCUUGAA